AUGCCUGUACAACAGUUCUAUCUCCUGGGCAACCCUGUCACGUCCGCAAAGGAGAUCGAGAUCGAUUCCAACACCGACCUCGAUGGACUCAAGCACUUGAUUGCCGCGCACUUUGCUAUCGUCGAGCCAAGUGGAAUUGCCUUCCAGUUCCAAGAGGCCGAACUCGCCGAAGUUUCCGACGUUGUUGCUGCUAAGGGAUUGGUGACGAUCACCAUCGAUGGCCACGCCGUCCGCGAUCCCCCGGGUCCCAAGGGCUUGCCUAUGUUGGGUAACUUCUUGGAGAUCUACCCCGAUCACCUUGGCAACCACCAGCGCCUUUUCGAGCGAUAUGGUCCCGUUAUUCAGACCAACAACAUGGGUCGCGUCACCUACCAGACUAACGACCCGAACAUCGCCGCUAUUGCCUUCGCCGAAUCCGACUUUUUCACCAAGGAGAUCAACAAGGCCCACCCUCUUUACGCCCUGAAGACCCCCGCUGCUGGUGUCUUCCUGGGUGACACCGAUACUCCUGAAUGGAGAGUCGCUCACAAGUUCCUGCCCCCCGCCCUGGGUCCUAAGGCUGUUCGCCACUACGCCCCUACUAUGCAGAAGACCGUCGAAGAUGCCUGCAAGGUCUUCGAUAAGCUGGAUGAGCAGGGUGAGGCCUGGAACGUCUACCAGUACAUGCUGAAGCUCGGUGCUCAGGCUGUCGGCAAGCUUACUCUGGGCUUGGACUUCCAGCACUUUACUUCGCCUGACGCGCCUGUUCACGAGAUGGUUCACCUGAUUGCUGAGCUUCUUUCCUUGAACAAGAAGGUCACCUCCAAGGGUGACUGGUAUAGCAGCCUGCCCUUUGGUGACCCUAAGCGUCUGAAGGACAUUAAGGCCCGUAUUGAGGGUAUGGUCGAGCAGUCUAUCCAGGCUGCUGCCAGUAAUGGUACCGAGGACCUCCCCCUGCAAGAUGCCGCAUUGAAGGCAUCCAACAUGGUUGACUAUGCUGUCCGCGCUACUGACAACAAGGGUGAGAAGCUGCCCAAGGAGAGUCUUGUCUGGGCCCUUGUCGUGGCCACUGGUGCUGGCUUCACAACUACAAGUUCGCUGCUUUCGUGGCUCAUCUACGGCCUGGUCACCUACCCUGGUAUGCAGGAGAGACUCCUCCAGGAGCUGAUUGACAACGAUUUCAACGACGAGACCGAGAUCACUGCCGAUUUCACAGAGCGUCUGGUCUUCCAAGAUAAGUAUAUCAAGGAGAUGCAGCGCCGACACAACCCCUCUUUCCAGCCUGGCCGUACUGCCAAGACCGACCUCAUCCUUCCUGGUGGUUACAGACUUCCCAAGGACGCCGUGAUUAUUCCUGCCAUCCACCACAUUCACAACAACCCCGACCUGUGGGACAACCCCGCCAAGUUCGACCCCGACCGCUGGGACACCCCUGAGGUCAAGAACCGUCACAAGGCGGCCUACGUACCAUUCGGUGCUGGUUCGCGUAUGUGCAUCGGUUUCAACUUUGCGCUCCAGGAGAUCAAGGUCUUCCUGCCGAAGUUGAUCUACAACUAUAAGUUUGUUCGUGAGGGUGACGCAACCAUCGAGUACGACCCCAUGUUCCAGCUUAUCCGCCCGAACAACCUGUAUGUUCGUGCUACUAAGCGCGUCAAGUGGCCCCCCAAGACGGAGGUUGCUGUUUAA